UAAUCAGUGAUGUCCAGUAACCAGUUGUGUGACUGUGAUCUGUGAGGUGUUGUGUUAGCAGAGUGGGUCCAGCAAAGGGAGAGGGCGCUGAGAGCGGGGUGUAUGAGGAGGCUGAGACACACACACCCCUUCCUGCUGACUCAGGCCCAAACACAUGCCCAGCUCCAGUCCUGUCUUCAGCCCCAAACCCUGCCAGCACAGGGCCCUGCCCAGCCCCAGUCCCAACCACAAUCCUCCCUCCAGCACCAGUCCCAGUGGGAAGGCUGUGCUCUGGUCCUGCUGGUUGAGCUGAUGGAUCUCCAGGAGGCCCAGGUCUCUGCAGUGCUGUUAACUCUACUGGACAGGGGUGAACAGCGCCUGCUGACCCUGAUAGAAGAGUAUGAGUCUGAACUCAGAGAGCCUCGUCUCUCCUGCUUGCUCACACUCCUCACCUCUAACCCCUGCCUGACCUCGGACCCCAACACACUACUGACUGCUGUUGACCCCUGCCUGGGGCCUUCUGACUCAAUCUCAGUCCAGAUCAACUCCUCAGCCUCCCCGCCCACAGACCUGACCAGAGGUGACACAGAACAACAACACACAGGGGACCUCUGCACAGGCUGUGGGACGGCCCUGGCUCCAGAGGACCUGCCCUAUCUGGAGAUCCUGUGUGUUUCAGACACCAUCCACUCCCUCGACACACACCACACACCCUCUGCCUCCAAUGGAUUCUCUGCAGAGCGAGAGGUGUGUGAGGGACGAGAGGCGAGAGAGGGCAGCCACAGAAAGACUCCUCAGAGCUAUGAGAAGCAGGGUUCUCUCAUCACUCUGGCCUGGAGCAAACCACCGGAUGGAGACACUGAGCAGCAGACAGGAACAGUCAUGUCUACUGCAACAGAGCAACAAGAGGAAGUGGGUGAGGUGAGUGUGCACUGUGACACACACAACACCCCCGGAUACACACACUAUGACGCACCUGGACACAAACACUACAACGAAACAACCAGAGACACAGACCAGGUGAAGGUGUUGGACUCGUCUCUGUCACAGUACAGCUCUGAGGUUGAACAGCUCUUACCACCUACAGACCAGCACCCCACCACGGGCCAGAAGGAGUUGGUGAUGGAGCAGUCAGAGAAGGCAGAAACACUUUCUAAUGUGCCCACACACACACCUAUCACACACACUCUGCCCCCUGAGCACACACACACUGAGGAGCCUCCAACAUGGGGCAGAGCCCAGCAGGAGGCUGAGAGAAGGCGCGGAAGUCCACCUGUCGAUGAGGAACACACUGAUGACCUCACUGCUUUGGGAGCCAAUGGAAGUGCUUACCCGCACUCUGUGGGAGGGGAGAGGGAGGACAUGACAGAGCUCUGGGCCCUGAGUAGACCUGCACCCCUUACAUCAGCCCAGGAGACCCUCAACACCCCACACACUACUCUAGAGGGAGACCGAACAAUGGAGGGAGAGAAAACAAUGGGGAGUGUGAUGGAGAGAGAGAGGACAUUGGAGCCGGUCUCUAUGAUGGAGAGAGAGAAAACGAUGCGCAGCUUGGUGGACCUGCAGAGGAAGGUGGAGCAGAAACAACAGCGAGACAGAGAGAGACAAUUACUGAGGGUCCAGGAGCGGCUGUCAAUCAUUCAGAACAAGAAGUCCCAGGAAGACCUGAUGGGCCUCAGACAGACUGACAGACUCCGACACCUCACGCAUAACCUGCCCCAGGCGGAUAAGAGCCAGCAGAAGACAGUGGUCAGAGAGAGACUGGAGCAGCUGAGGAGAGAACGCUCCUAUGUCAUGCAGUCCAAGCGAGACAGGAAUACAGCAGGCUUCAAGGAGCUGCUGGGUCCAGUGAGACUCCACAGUGCAGAGACAGACGACACUGCUGACUCACUUAGGCUAGCCACCAGCACAAGCUAAUUAUGCUAUUAUGCUACACAUCUGUCUCACUAGAAAUCUGAUAAGUAUUUGCUGGUUAAAGUCCCGCCCCGGCUGUUCCCCCCUCAAUCUGUCAUUCACUACACUACUACCCACCCUGUUUACAAGCCACAUUAGCCAGUUCUGGCUUAUUCUGUCAUUGGCUUAUACUGUAGCCUGAUGGUAAGUGGAUGAACACAAAAACAGAGCUGAUGGUGACAGUUUAUUAUACAGUUUAAUUGUCAUCCUAACAAAAAAUGAGCAUCAUCAACAAUAAUAACAUCAUUUACUAAAUAAAGCCCCUGUCUGUAGCGUGUCCCUCCAGUGGCCUAUAUAGCAUAUAUACAGUGACAGUCAGAUGACUACAUCUCUACAGUUUAAAGUAGCCUCCUAUC